AUGUUACCAAUAUCAGAUCUCGCGCUAUUUAAGGUUUCCAUAUAUGAUUCCUUUGUAAAUAAAGGAUACGUCAAGUCACAGAGACCUAUAUGGAAAAAUCCUUGGGUUAUAGGAGGAGCAGCAGCCGUUACUGGAGGUGUCGCCGCUACUGGUGCUGUUGGUGCAGCCGGAGGUGCAAUUGGAGGAGGACUUGGUAAAUUUUUUGCAGACCGUAAAUUAUCUUACUUAGAAGAAGAAUCGUUUGAAAAAUUCAUUAAAAUCGAAUUAGUUGAUUAUGAUGAUAGCAAUAAGCAAGAGAAAGAUACCAUUAGCAAAGUCAUAUUCCACAUCUAUAGACCGGUUCUGAGAGACGAGGAAAUAGUCGAAACGUUUUUGCAA